AUGGCCGCAUCUAUCCCAGAAACUCAAAAGGGUGUUAUCUUCUACGAAAACGGUGGUGAAUUGCAAUACAAGGACAUCCCAGUUCCAAAGCCAAAGGCUAACGAACUUUUGAUCAACGUCAAGUACUCCGGUGUCUGUCACACCGAUUUGCACGCAUGGAAGGGUGACUGGCCUUUGCCAACCAAAUUGCCAUUAGUUGGUGGUCACGAAGGUGCUGGUGUCGUUGUUGCUAUGGGUGAAAACGUCAAGGGCUGGAAGAUUGGUGACUUCGCUGGUAUCAAAUGGUUGAACGGUUCUUGUAUGUCCUGUGAAUACUGUGAAUUGUCCAACGAAUCCAACUGUCCAGAAGCUGACUUGUCCGGUUACACUCACGACGGUUCUUUCCAACAAUACGCUACUGCUGAUGCCGUUCAAGCUGCCAAGAUCCCAGUCGGUACUGACUUGGCUGAAGUUGCUCCAGUGCUAUGUGCUGGUGUCACCGUUUACAAGGCCCUAAAAUCCGCCAACUUGAAGGCCGGUGACUGGGUCGCCAUCUCUGGUGCUGCUGGUGGUCUAGGUUCUCUAGCUGUCCAAUACGCCAAGGCCAUGGGUUACAGAGUGUUGGGUAUCGAUGCUGGUGAAGAAAAGGCUAAGUUGUUCAAGGACUUGGGUGGUGAAUACUUCAUUGAUUUCACCAAGUCCAAGAACAUCCCAGAAGAAGUCAUCGAAGCUACCAAGGGUGGUGCUCACGGUGUCAUCAACGUCUCUGUCUCCGAAUUCGCUAUCGAACAAUCUACCAACUACGUCAGAUCUAACGGUACCGUCGUAUUGGUCGGUCUACCAAGAGACGCCAAGUGUAAGUCCGAUGUCUUUAACCAAGUUGUGAAGUCCAUCUCCAUUGUCGGUUCUUACGUCGGUAACAGAGCUGACACCAGAGAAGCCAUUGACUUCUUCUCCAGAGGUCUAGUCAAGGCUCCAAUCCACGUCGUUGGUUUGUCCGAACUACCAUCCAUCUACGAAAAGAUGGAAAAGGGUGCUAUCGUCGGUAGAUACGUCGUCGACACUUCAAAAUAA